CAAUUUCAACUUGUCGGCUCUAAGGGUAUUGUAGUAAAUGUAUGGCAAGAAAUUGAAUUAUGAAGCAGGAAAGCACAGAAAAGGCCAGUUAAACCACCCCAAAAGACACUUAGUUGUGUUGGUCUUCUGAUAAAUGUUAGCUUCCUUUCGUCUGACUGUAGAUCUCCUGAGUCAAUCCUAAACACAACCGAUACAAAUCCCACAAGAAAUCCAGUGACCACCAUAGAAAGGAAAACUUGCAAAGAUAAUGUUAGGAUUUGUAGCAGAGACUGAAGCAGGGGAGGCAGAAAUAGAACUGAAGCUCCUCUUCAAUGGCAAACUCUAAGCUUAUUACUUUUGUUAUCACCUUCGUUUUCUUCUACUUCACAGUUCCUUCAACAGCAAAGUCAUUAACUUUAGUCGGAGAAAUCAAGCAGCAAAGUCAACAAGAAGAUAGAGAACCUUUUGUGGGUGUUAACAUAGGCACAGAUGUCUCAAAUCUGCUGGCAGCAACGGACUUGGUUUCAUUCUUGCAAGUGCAGAAAAUCUCACAUAUUCGACUUUAUGAUGCAAAUCCAGAUAUACUCAAAGCAUUGGCAAAGACAAAGAUCCGGGUCAUUAUCAGUGUACCGAAUAACCAGCUUUUGGCAAUAGGGUCGUCCAACACCACGGCAGCUUCUUGGAUCGGUCGAAAUGUCGUCGCUUACUACCCCGAAACACUCAUCACUGCCAUUGCUGUUGGAGAUGAGGUUUUAACAACCGUACCAUCCUCAGCUCCUUUGCUGCUCCCUGCAAUUCAGUCUCUUUACAGUGCUUUAGUGGCUGCAAAUUUGCAUACCCAAAUAAAGGUUUCAACUCCACAUGCAGCUUCUAUUAUUCUUGAUACCUUUCCUCCUUCUCAGGCUUUCUUUAACCAAAGCUUGACUUCAGUUAUGGCACCUUUGCUUCAGUUUUUGUCAAGAACUGGGUCUCCUCUAAUGAUGAAUCUUUAUCCAUAUUAUGUGUUUAUGGAGAACAAAGGUGUGGUUCCCCUAGAUAAUUCCUUGUUUAAGCCAUUGACACCGUCUAAAGAAAUGGUUGAUCCUAAUACUUUGUUGCAUUACACUAAUGUGCUUGAUGCUAUGAUUGAUGCUGCAUAUGUUUCUAUGAAGAAUUUAAAUGUUACUGAUGUUGUGGUGCUUGUUACUGAGAGUGGGUGGCCUUCAAAAGGGGAUUCAAAAGAGCCUUAUGCCACUAUAGACAAUGCAGAUACCUAUAAUUCAAACCUUAUUAAGCAUGUUUUAGACCAUAGUGGAACCCCGUUGCAUCCAGAAAUCACUUCCAGUGUGUAUAUAUAUGAGUUGUUCAAUGAGGACUUGAGGUCACCUCCAGUAUCUGAGGCAAAUUGGGGAUUGUUUUAUUCAAAUUCGACCCCAGUGUAUUUGCUUCAUGUAUCAGGAAGUGGGACCUUUUUGGCAAAUGAUACAACCAAUCAAACCUAUUGUAUUACAAUGGAUGGGGUUGAUUCAAAGACAUUGCAGGCAGCUUUGGACUGGGCUUGUGGUCCUGGGAGGGCAAAUUGCAGUGAGAUUCAACCAGGGGAAGACUGCUACCAGCCUAACAAUGUGAAGAAUCAUGCUUCUUAUGCCUUUGAUAGCUACUAUCAGAAAGAAGGGAGAGUUUCUGGGUCCUGCGACUUUAAGGGUGUGGCCAUGAUAACUACCACUGAUCCAAGUCACGGGAGCUGUGUAUUUCCUGGAAGUAAGAAGGUAAGCAAUAAGACAAGAACAAUACUGAACUCGACAGAAGUGAGUGGUGCAGCUGAAAGGUUAAAAUUCAUCACUUUCAACAGCAGCCAAAUAAGCGCAACUACCAUAGCAGCAUUCUGUAUUUUGUUAUCCAUUCCUUUUGUGACCACUCGAUGAAGGGGAAAAAUAACAUAUAUAUAUUUUUAUAAAAAAAUGUAUCAAUUAUUUUGCAUUGAAUUCAUAUAUGAUCUUUUUGUGCCAAAGGUAAAAAAAAAAAAAAAAA